AUGCAAUAUAGUUCAAGGUCCAAUCUUCAAUUUAUAAAAAAAGAUAUUUUUUGUUUUAUAAAAUGUAAUUAUAUAUGUUUUGUUAAUUUAUUGAAUUUAGAAAAGAAAUAUCUAGGGGUGAUAAGCAAUGACAAUGUUGAUAUAAAUAGAGAAUAUGAGAUUGAGGAAAUAAAGUUUUGUAAAAAUAAAAAAGAGGAAGAAGUAAAAGAAGAAUCUAAUAAUGAUAAUAAAAAAACUAAUGAAAUAAUAAUAAAAGUUGAAGAAAAUUAUAAUAAAAAAAUAAAUAAUUUAUAUAAUAUUCAUAAGUUUAUAUGUAAUGAAAAUACCAACUCAUUAAUAAUUGUCUUAAGUAAAAACAAUGAACAGGUGGUAUAUCAUCUAUUAUUUAACGAAAAUGAUAAUCUUGAAUCCUUUAAAAUAAAUUUUAUCAAAAAAUUUGAAUCACCUAUAAAGUGCAUUGAAACAACACAAGAAUACAUUUUUGUUUUAGCCAAAAAAAAAAUAAAUAACAUACAUAAUGAAACCUGUAGAACUACAAAUCAAAGUAGAUGCCAAUGCGGGAAAAGUUCCAGCGAAAUUUCCAACGGGUUCUUUGAAUAUUCAUUGCAAAUCUUUGAGACAGAAAAGAAAAAUAGUGAACCAAAAAAAGUGAUAAUAUCAAGUUCUUUAAAAUUAAAAAAACUUAUGAUAUGUCCAUAUGAUAAUAGUAAAAUAGUUAUACUUUCAAGAAAGAAUAUCAUAUUUGUUAAUUCAAAAAGUUAUAAAACAAAAAUAAAAGAUACAAAUUUAAAAGAUGGAGAUUAUUCUAAAGAACUUAUUUUUAAUAGCAAUAUUGUUGCAUCUACUUGGCUUGAUUUUUAUGUAUUUGUUAUAAGCUUAUCAAAUAAUCAACUACUUUUUUUUAACUUUCAAAAUAAUACAAGACAUUUUCUUUUUAUCAAAACUUUAAAUAAUUACUCAAAAAUAACUUAUCUUUUAUACAAAAAUGGAUUCCUUUUUAUUUCCUUCACUACAAAAGAAAUAGUUUGUUUCAAAGUUAAUUAUUCGGUAUUGGAUUUGCAUGCCUUUAAAAGGACAAACUCGAUCGAAGGGAACUACCUAAAUGUGAAGUACCUAUUUAAAAAGAAAAAUAAAGUGGCAGUUAAAAAUGGAAAAGUAAAAAAUAGUGGCAACGUAUUAAAUGCAAGUGUAAUUUCUAAAGAGGAUGGAAAAAAUUGUGAGAAAAACAUCAAAAAAAAAAAAAAAGAAAAGUAUAAAAAUACAUUUAAUAAUAUACUUAAAGAUAUAGAAGAGCUAGAACAAAAGUUAAACACAGAAAGUAGUUUCAUUUUAAAACAUGAUGAAAAAACAAAAUGGAAUGGUAAUACUAAUGUUGGUAGUGGUGAAGAUACAAAUUUAAGUUUCAACGAAUUAGAAUCGGAAGAAAAUAAUAAUAAAUGGAAAGAUGAUGAAAUAAAUUGUUUUGAAAUUGAAAAAAAUAAAAAAGACAAAAAAAAAAUAUACUUUAAUUUAAAAAAGAAGAAAAAAAAAAUGUUUUUUAAUUUAAGUUAUAGAAGUAAUAAAGUAACAGAUAUUUUAAAAUAUAUAUCAAUGAUAAAUUUACAAAAAGAUAUAGGAAGUAAAAUAUAUAGUUUUUUCAUUCAUUAUAAUUAUCUAUUGAUAUUGUUAGACAACGGAAUAAUAUAUUAUAACAAAAACUAUGAUGAACUGAAUGGGGAACUAAAUAAUAUAUCCAAUUUUUAUUACUUAACAAGUAUCUGUUUACAUAAAAUUAUAAAUAUAAAAAUAAAUAAUAAUGGAAAUAUAUUCAGUCUAGAUAAAGCUCAUGUUUUAAAAUAUUAUUCACUAAAAAAAUCUGAUUUAAAUAUUGUUCAUACAAAUCAAAAAAUAAUUUUUUUUGAUAUUUUCCCUAUCCUUCAAAAAUAUAAUUGUUUAUUUAUUUCGUUGGCAAAUGGUUCUUUUUAUUUUACAAAUAUAAACACCAAACAAAUUUUAUUAUAUGAUGAAAUUGAGAAUAUUUUAAAACGAAAAAAUAGAUGGAACAAUAAUUGUGUAUCUAAAAAAUAUAUAGAAUGGGCUUAUUUUAAUAAGGUUAAUGAUAAUGUACUAAAUGGCUAUUUAAAAAUAAAAAAAAAAUUUUAUUUCUUUUAUUUAAUUUAUUCUGAAUCUCAUGAAAAAUUUUUUAUAUACAUCAUUCACAAACUUAAUAUAUAUAAAAUUUUAAUGAAUAUUAUAGUAAAAAAAAAUGUUCAAAAAAGAAAAACGGAUUACACACAAGAUCUUACUAUUUUAAAUUCUUCUGUGUAUAAAACUGAAGAUAGCGAUUAUAUUUGUUUCACAAUUUCUGAACAGUCAGGUAAUAAGUUUUAUAUAGUUUUUGUUAAAUUAAUUGGAGAAAGAGAUAUAUUGGAAAAAAAGACACAAAAAAAUAUAAACAAAGAUAAAGAAAUCAAAUACUAUAAUAGUACAAUUAUAUAUUAUUUAGAUGUUCAAAAUAUAAAUGUUGUAUUUUCAAAAGUGAUAGGUAACUAUUUAGUUAUAGUAGACAAAUUUAUGAAUAUAACUUUUUAUUUAUUAACAAAAAGCCAUUUUCAAAAUGUGUCGACUCAUAAUGCACCCAGUGUAUUGGGUCGAGAAAAAAAAGAAAUAGAUAAAAAUGAAAAGAAUACGAAAUAUUUAACAACCCAUUAUAAAUCCUAUGAAGACAAAGUUGAGAAUUUCUUCUUAACAAGAAUAUCAAAAAAAAAAGUAAAAAAUAACGGCAUCAAAAGGGUAGAAGCAGAAAAUGUUAGUGAGCAAGUAGAAAAAAAUGAUGAGCGUGAUGAGUGUACAGAAAUGCAAACAAGCAUGAUUGAUGUAUUUCAUAUAAACUUGGGUAAAGAAAGUUUUAGAAUAAAUAUUCAAAACAAUUUUAAAAUUAAAUUCAUAAAUGAACAAAUGAGCAAAGAAGAAAACGAAAUAUGUUCUAUUUAUAUUAUCACGGAUACAAAUAUUUUAAUAAAAUUUUCUUUUAAUUGUAUGGUAGACACAUUGGAAAAUAUAAAAAAUAUAAGCAUUAAGGCAUAUCCUUAUUUGGCUAGUUUAGAUUUUUUUUACAGCUAUAAUUACAAAAAUGAAAUGUAUGAUUUUAUUUUAAAUGGCGGUAAGUACUUUCACUUAGAGCAUUUUGAAAAGGAGGAAAAAGAAAAUUCAGGAUCAGACUCCAUCCCUAUUUUAGAAGCAAAUAGAAACGAAUUUUCUGAGUCAAAUAAUGUAGAAAAACGUAACAGUAAACAAAAUGAUAAUUCAAUGAUACAAAAAAAUAGCAUUGUAAAUUUUCAACUUAACAAUAAAAUAAUGCUUGAGAAAAAAAAUUAUUUCUAUAAAAAUUUGAGUGUCGUAUUUUUUAAAAUAUGUAGCGCUGCAUUGCAUAAUAAAAAACAAGACAGAAAAAAACAAAAGAAAUUCAUUGAUACUAUAGAUGUGAAAGAUGAAGUAAAAUGUAAGCCACUGGAUUUCUUCUUUGAUGAUGAGACAAUAAUUUUUACAUUUACAAAUGAAAAUGAUUAUAACAUAAACUUAUAUGAAUGUUUAAAAAAUUGUAAAGAUAAAGAAUAUUUAGACAACUUAAAUAAACAAGAAAAAGAGGUGAUUAGCCAAAUAAACAAAUUAAGAAUCAAAUUAAAAAAUUUAAUAAAAGAAAAUAAAAAAAAUUAUAAUGAUAUGAAAUUAAAUAGAGAAGCAUUUUUUUUUGAUAAGAAAUAUAUUAACGAAAUAGAAAUUAUCAAAAAUGAAUAUGAGCAAAUAAAAAAUUAUUUUGAAAUAAAAAAAAAAGAAAAAGAAAAUAUUGCUAAUAUAUUAAAGACAAAAUGUGAUAUAUUUGAUAAAGUAAAUUUUAUUCAUGGUUUUCGUAAAGGGCUUUCUAUAACAAAUAUGUACAAAAUUAACGAGACAAAACAAGCAGAAGAAAUAAAUGAAUCUCCAAACAAAACUAGAAGUAUUGUCUAUAAUAUUGGAAUUUAUAGCAAGUUCAUAAACAAAAUAAAAACAUUAAGAUUUUUACAAAUAAAAGAAAUGUAUUAUAUGCAAAAUGUAGAAAAGAAUAAUAGUUUAUAUUGUUUAAAAAGCCCUAAAAAUUACAUUGAUGAAUAUCUCGAAAAUUUGUCUUCUCUUUUUUUUGUACAUUAUUAUUCAUACAAAAAUAUAAAUUUAAAUUUUUUAUAUUCAAAUUUAUUUAAUUCAACUUAUAAAGAUAAUGAAACGCAGGCUUUACAUUGGAACUAUCUCUUAUAUUACCCUUAUGAGCUUUUUACAAGUUCAAGAAAAAAAAUGCAAUGCUUCAUUUUGCUUAUUUUGAUUGAGCAGGAGAAAUUAAAAUUUUAUAACAAGUUCACUAUUUUGAAAAAAGAAAAAGAAAAUUAUUUUGAUGAAAUAAAAUUAUUAACAAUUAAAUUAAAACAAUCCAUAGAAGAAAUAAAAGAUUAUUUAGAACAUCCUUAUUCAGAUAAAAUAGAUCUAAAACUAUUUCAACAAGAUAUAUUUGAAAUUGUAAAAACAUGUUAUACAGACAUUGUUAAUAAUAAUCUCGACCCAAAAAAUAUUUUAAAAGACUGUUUAAAUAAAAUAAAGUUCCAAAAUAAUAAGAAAAAUCAAAAUCGUCAGCACAUAUUUGAUAAUAAUAAUAAUAAUGAUACUAUUACAUUAAAGGAAAGCACAUCGGACGAGUUUAUAAAUCAAAAAAAAGAUGAUGUGUCACUAAUUGAGGACGAACCUGAACAUGUUCAGAAAAUUUCGAAAAUAACUAAAAAUGAUGAACAAGAGGAAUCAGAACAAUUAGAAUAUUAUAACAAGAAAAAAGAGGAUAUACGAAAUAAACUCAUAGAUAUAAAAAAUUAUAUAUAUCAAAUAAAUAACCAGUGCAACGAGUUCAAUGAAAAGUUACAACUAUUGAAGAAGCAAAAGGCAAACACACAUAAGCAAAUUAUGUUACACGAAUUUUAUUGUAUCUCUAUUUAUUCUCUUUUAAAAAAUGAGGAUACUAAAAUGGGUGUUUUAAAAAAAUUUGAAAAUAAACAAAAUAAAAUCCAAAACAAUUUAAAAGGACUUUCCAAUUUGAUAGCUACUUUAAAGGGUCAAGGGACAAGUGAUAAAAUUUUAAGACAAAAGAAAGGGGAUCUAAUAUUGAAAUAUAAUAAAAUCCUAAAAUUAAAUGAGUCUAUAAUUGAAAGAAAACAAAAUUUUGAAAAAAAAUUUCUUCAUGAAUGUGCCAAUUUUGAUGUUCUCAUGGAACAAAGAUAUGAAAAUAUUAUCGGAUUUGAAUACGAUUCAAAGAAAAAUAUUUUUUUAAAAAAAAAAGUUAUUCAAAAACAUAUAUUAGACACUAACCAGUUAAUUCAGAAAAUUAUUGAAUUACAAAAAAAUAUUAAAAAUGUAAAGAAAGAAAUUUAUAAGAACAAAAUAAAAAAUGAUUAUUUUAAAUUUUUAAUAAUGGACAUAGAUGAAGAAGUUAAUGAUGUUAAAUAUUUGAAGGAAAACUGUGAAUUCUUAUUUUGUGAUAUAAAUAAUGUCAUAAGUUCUUUAGAGACGAAAAAGAGAAACAAGGAAGCCAUGUUCCAAUUAUCUGAGCAAAAAUUACGUGACAAAAUUAAUAAUUUAAAUUUGAAAAUAUCAUCAAUAAAAUAUGAAAACACCGUGCUCGGUGAAAAUCUAAAAAGCUUAGUUGACGAAAUAAAUGAAAUAAAGGAAAGUCGAGGGGAUAACAACAAAAUUUUACUUGACGAAGAAAUAAUAGAGUGGUUAGAAAAUGAUGAAAAAAAAAAUAAAAAUGAAAAAAAUAUAACAGAUAUUAUCCUAAGGGGACCAUGUGAUGGAUUUUUAAAAAAUUUACAUACGGAUUAUAUUGAUAAUACUAUAAAAAAUAUUGCUAAAAAAAAAGGACUAGGUGCAAAGGAAAUUUAUGAAAAAAGUACCCUACUGAAAAAGUUUUACAAAUAG